GACAAAAAAGUAUCCAAAAUUGCAUAAACAAUAGCUUCUUCUUUCUUCCAAAGAGAAACAAAAACAUCAAUGGAAAUGGUGACAAGUUUUGUAUAUCCACCACCUCCAUCGAUCUUGCUCAAUUGUAUGAGCGUCGUUGGUUUAGCCGCUCUGGCCAAGAUCGGUUGGUCUGAAGUCACAGGAAAUCAUCUCAAAUACUCCAAAUUCGGCGUAUCAUCAUCACCACAACCACAAAAGCAGCGAUUCGGCAGCAUCUCAAGCCGAAAUGGAAUGCUUUGGCUAUACACACCAGCGUUUCUAGCCGCUGCGGCUUCUUUCUUCGUCUUACCUUGUGAUGAUCUCAGGUUUCUUCUUCUCAAAUCCGCACUUGCCCUCCAUUUCUUCAAGAGGGUCUUCGAGGUUCUGUUCAUUCAUAAAUACAGUGGUGGGAUGGCUGUAGACUCGGCUUUCGUCAUAAGUAGCAGCUAUUUCUCAUCCACGGCAUUCAUGUUAUACAGUCAAGAUCUCACCUUGGGACUGACCGAGCCGAGUUUCGAUAUGAAAUUCGCCGGGAUUCUCAUGUUUGUGGUGGGUAUUGUUGGGAAUCUGUAUCACCAUAUAUUGCUAGCUAAGUUAAGGAAAGAAGAUGGGAAGAAAGAGUACAAGAUACCAAAAGGAGGUCUCUUUGAUAUAAUCAUAUGCCCUCACUAUCUAUUUGAGAUUCUUGUGUUUUGGAGCUUCUUUAUGAUCUCUCAGACCAUUUAUUCAUUUUCUUUCGCUAUGGGAACAAUGUUGUAUCUCAUCGGUCGGAGUUACGCUACACGAAGUUGGUAUCUUUCCAAGUUUGAUGACUUCCCCAAGCAUAUCAAGGCUCUUGUUCCCUUUGUAUUCUAGAGAAUAAUACAAAAAAGGGACUAAUUAAUGUUCUUUGUUUUUGUUUAAAGAUUUAUUACCAAUGUGUUUUUGUUGCUGUUUCUAGUGUCUGAAUAAAACGAAAAGUUUGAUUA